GAAUAUGUUAAAUUCUGACUAGCUGUCGACGUAUACAAAUACUCUCGGUGCGAAUGUCAUUUUUAUUUUAUACAAGUCUUUAGAAAACUAUAGAAAACACUCUUGGCUCUGGACCUAUUUACAAAUCGUGCACAGCGCUAAAGGAUGGGCACCGAAGGGUCCAUAGACAUCUGCGCGAAGGGCAGCGGUCGGGUGGAAACCGUCACCCUGCGCCAGAACGAACAGAUCCGGAACCUGCGCGUCCUGGUUGCAGUGCGCUUUGAGCAGGCUAUUUCUCGGAUCAUCCUGGUCUUUGCGGGCCAGGUGCUGAGUGACGAGGGGACCAUCGACAGUAGGGGGAUCGUCUCCGGCGUCACUGUGCACGUGGUUUGCCGGGCGGAAGUAGCAACCUCUCCAUCGCCGACGCCGAUCACGGCCACAAAGCGUUCCAAGCCGAGCGAGCGCCUCAUGAGAUCCUGGCAGUCGGCCCACAUAGCCUAUCUGCAACAAGCGCCCGAUGUGCUGAGAAGCCUGCUACAGGCCGAUCCGCGAAUCCAGAGUCUGCUCGAUGAGAAUGCGGCCAUGCGCCACUACUUGAACAGCGACCAGAACCUACGGGAGAUGCUUUCGUUGGCCUUCAGCCCGGCCAAGCAAGAGCUGGGACGCCGCCGCGACCUCCACAUAUCACGCAUUGAGUUUGUGCCUGGCGGGUACAAGGUCUUGAGCCGACUGAACUACUGCAUGCUACAGGCCUACGAAGACAACGUGGCCAUGUCCUUUCAGCAGGCGUCACAGGGCGCUAAGACGUCCUCGAACCCCCAGCGAGGUCUCGAGGUGAAGGACCCGCUCCCAAACCCAUGGCUUCGCAUGCCGCGCAGCCGAAACCCGAGGACAUGUGCUCUGCCAAGACGCGUCAACAAGGGACGAUCUUCUGUUAAGCAGAGCGACCGUGAUGCCGAUUGCAGGCAGAAGAGCUCAUCGAAGGUGACGACUUCUACUGCAACACAGACCAUGUGCAAGGACCGUCGAUCCGGUGGUGAGGGACACUGCCAGCACUGCUACCAGACCCAGGUGGAGCAGUUGGCUCAGAUGGGCUACAGCAACCGCAGUCGAAACAAACGCGCUCUGCUCAUAUCUCUGGGCAAUGUUGAUUGCGCUGUAAGACUACUGGACCACUGGAAUCGGUUUUUGGAGGACUGAACUCCAUUUGUACUGCUUUUGAUUUGUUUCGUUUUUGGCCGAGGUUAUCUGACGCCUAUUGAUAUGCACAAUAAAUAUGCACAAAAAAAUGAAACCAAUCGGUGAGUGACCCGUUAUUCGUGUCUGUCAGUAUGCACUGGAACUAUAAAAGCUAGAAAGCUGAGAUUAAGCUCGCAGAUUCUAAAAACGUAAUGUUGCCACUCUAACGCCCACAAACUGGCACGUCCACACUUUCGAAAAAUUGUUGUAAAUUGUCUUUUACUUAUGUUUAUUGGUCUUGUAAAUUUCUAUCGAGCUGAUAAAACCACAAACCUCCCAUUUUUCAUUAUAUUCUCCAAUAUAAAAAAAUAUAACAUUUCGGGUUGGCGUUUAGAUGAGAAACAACGGGUAUCAGAUAGUCGGAGAAGUCGACUAUAGCAUUCCCUCUUGUUUAAUAUGCAAGUUAAAU